GCUGCACCGCGAAUUAUUCACGCUGCCCCUCGAGAACAAUGAGUGACGAGAUCUACCCUAUCAAUCUCCUCACGGAAGAAAUGCGCACGGACGAGACGGAAACGAGGAUCCGCAGCAUGCGACGACUUCGAACCAUCGCCCAGGCUCUUGGACCUGAGCGCACGCGCUCCGAACUCCUCCCGUUCCUCAGCGAGUCGACGGACGACGAAGACGAGGUCCUCGUCGCGAUGGCGGAAGAGUUGGGCAAUUUUGUCGACUUGGUCGGCGGACCAAGUGCUGCGUCGAUCCUCUUGACCCCGUUGGAAGUUCUUGCCACUGCGGAAGAAACGGUGGUUCGGGACAAGGCUGUCGCGUCAAUCAAUAAAGUGCUGGAUGCCGUGACGGACGCCGCAGAAUUCGCUCUGCCACUCAUCAAGCGCUUGACCGAGGGCGACUGGUUCACCUCGCGCGUGUCGGCGUGCUGGAUCUUCCCAGUCGCAUACUCGAAGGUUGACCCUGCCAACAAGAAGGACCUCCGCGAUCUCUUCACGACAUUGUGUGCCGACGACACCCCGAUGGUCCGUCGCGCAGCGGCCCUCAACAUUGGCAAAUUCGGGUCCAAGAUCGAGCGCGAUGUUUUUGUGGCCAACAUCCUGCCCCUCUUCAAGACGUUGACGACGGACGAUCAAGACAGCGUGCGGCUCUUGGCCAUCGAGAACUGUUCCGUGAUCGCAAAGCUGCUCAACGAAGAUGAAAACUCGCAGCACAUUCUGCCGGUCGUGCGUUCGUCGUGCGAGGACCGGUCGUGGCGCGUGCGCUUCAGUAUCGCCAAGGACUUUUUCCCCCUUGCUCAAGCCAUGGGAGUCAACAUCACGGAAGCCGAGCUCCUUCACUUGUUUGUACAGCUGCUGCAGGACGCGGAGGCGGAAGUGCGCGCCGCGGCCGCCAAAAACAUAUCAGGGUUUGCCGGGCUCGUCAAGCAGUCGAGCUUCAUGGGUGAAAUCUUUCCUCAGCUCCAGCCGCUGUCGCAGGACGUCGCCCCCAACGUUCGCACGGCGGUGUCGAUUGUGACGAUGGAGAUUGCGCCCAAGUUGGGCGAGGAUGUGACCAAGAACUCGUUGAUUCCGAUCUUGCUCCAGUUCCUCCGAGACGACGUGGUGGACGCCCGACUGAACGUGCUCAAGCGCAUGGACAACAUUUCGCCAUGGAUGUCGUCGUACGAGUCGACUCUCCUGCCCGCCAUCACGGAUCUCUCCAAGGAUCUGCAAUGGCGCGUUCGAGAAGCAGUCAUCUUGGCUCUUCCGUCGCUCGUGACGACCCUGGGGUCGGCCUACUUUCAACAGCACUUGCUCGACAUGUUCCUGAACGCGUUUCAAGACAUGGUGAGCGAAGUGCGUUUGAGCACGACCAAGAUCCUGCGCAACAUCCUGGACGUGGUCGGCAGCGAAUACAUUCUCGAGAGUGUGCUGCCCAAGCUCACCAAAAUAUACGAGAGCUCCGUGACGUACCAAGAGCGCGUGAAUGUGUUCCAUGCGCUGGGGCAACUGGCAAGCUCCAACGCGUCGGUGGAGCUUCUGACGGCGCUGACGGAACUGUCGGUCAAAGGCGCCAGCGACAAGAUUCCAAACGUCCGCUUCACAGUGUCGACGACGCUGGAAGUACUCGGAAAGAGCACGACCAAUUCGACCGUGUUGGACCAGGUCCGAUCGAGUUUGACCGCACUUCAGGCAGAUAGCGACCCCGACGUCAAGUACUUUGCCAGCGUCGCGCUCGAGACGGUCGGCGCCAGUUAAAACCAUAGACGAUGGGAAAGCACACUCUCCAUUCGAAAAGUAACUACAACAAGGAUCUCUCGCUUGACGUUUCA